AUGAAAGUAGUGGAAGGUCUGAGUAAUUUAGAACAUGCUGCUGUCAUGUCAAGUUACCAUGACAAUUGUAAAAAUUGGGCUGUUUGAAAGGGAUUCAUAUAAACAUUAUUCAAUUGUUUUUACAGGCAACAUACCGUGAAUCCUAUGUGAAAUGAGUAUAGAGCACACUGCUCCAUUGCUAUGCUAUAACAAAAAUCGUAGAGCCGUCUACAACGCUCUUAUCACAUAUACAUUUGUGAAAUGUAGACUCCUGAUACUUAGUGGGCAGGUAUUUUUCUCUCUAUUGACUGAUGAAAAGCAUGUUUCACUAUUGACUAUUCUGUCCUGCUCUCCCUUGUUACUAGAUAGUCUUAAACUUAUAUUGUGUGUGUGUGUGUGUGUGUGGUGUGCAGGUUCCUGCUACUGCCAGCUAAUGGACUGGCUCUUCCCUGGGUGCAUCGACCUGAGCACAGUGAAGUUCCAGGCCCAGGACACACCAGACUUCUUCCACAACUACAAUCUGCUUCAAGCUGGCUUCAGAAAGACUGGUGUCACCAAGGUUAGACUACACCCAUACUUUCUUAUCCAUCACAUUAACUGUAAAUCAAUGAUUAAAAAAAUUUGUACGUUAGUAUUUAAUAGAUGGGCAGAGGGUUGGUAGGGAUUCUCCCUUUGCUUCCAUGUGGUAUUUGCUUAUUGUUCUAAAUCCCUCCCCAUUAGUUUGUUCCAGUGGAGGAGCUGAUAAAUGGAAGAUUCCAGCCCAACUUCGUAUUCCUGAAGUGGUUCAAGAGGUUUUUCCAGGCUAACCUGGCGGGGCAGGUGUAUAACCCUGUAGAGGCUCGCCAGGGCCAGGACAUCCAGCCUGCCAGACCCCCCCUCCGCUCCCCCCAGGGACUUGGCCGCAAGUCUGCCAGCCGCAACCCCAGUCAAUCAGGUAUCCAUUCUAUCACUUAUCCUGAGUAGUGCUCUGCUACCUGAGCCCGACGGGCCCCGAAACUAUACAUCGGGUUAGGGCCGGGUAGGGCCUGUUUUUUCAUCAAUAGGAUCACUUACAUUUUGAAGCUGAGCCAUUUGCUCGUGCCCUGCAGUCAUAUCUUACUAAGAUCAUAACACAGUGUCAGAAGUGCUUCAACCAGGUCAAGUAUAAGACGACAAGAACAUUAUCAGAGUCGCAGGAGAGAUUAUUUCACAGAGAAUAAUAAUGUUCGUUGAGUUUUGUCAGAGUUUAGAGUGACAAAAUGUAGCUAGCUAACAGCUAAAUGCUCUCUCAAGUCUUGUCAUUGAGCAGCCCAAGGCGGAGCCGUUGCUAUGGAUACUCACACACGCAAACUAGCAGCAGAGCACAUGCAGCACAGGGAGCGAGGGACAGACACAGAUGAGCAGCUAAUGGAAACUAAGGAAGGAAGUUAUCUCUGAUUUCAGGCAGGGCCACAUGCACCUUAAAUUUGGCAGAAGCACUCGAGCCUGGAUAGGUCCUGAACGUCGCGGGCAUGGGUAGGGCUCGGGCUUAAAAUUCAUGCCUGUGCAGGGCUCUAAUCCUGAGUUGAAAUGUUCUUUGUGCUGUUUAUGACCUUAUAUUCAGGAUGGAAUAUUGUUGAUAUUUUUGUGUUAAUCAGUUUGUGUUUUCCUUUUUUCUGACAGUGGGGUUGGAAACCGACACGGAUGAAGAAGCUUUAGGGAAGGAUCAAAGAAAACAUAUCGUUUAUGAAGAUAUAUGGAGGGAGAUACACUCCUGGGUGGGGCCCAGCACCCUGGGAGAGUUCCAUGCCUACUGCAGUCUGUGUGACAUGAAUCUCAACAUCGAUCACUCAGGCCUUGUUGACCUCAAGCGUCACUCGCAGUGCAAGAGGCACCGUAAGCUUACCCUGGCUGCCAAUGGAUGCACUGUAAGAACAGAGGCAAGAAAGAGCAGGCAGGGCAGCAUCAGCAACUGUCCACCCUGUAGUGAGUUGGUCCUGUGCUUCAUUCAGGCUAACUGCGUCUCUGGUCCGUCCGCGGCUGGGGACCUGGUGUCUAACAGAUACGGCCAGUAUGUCCUGGGACUACAGUACCCAGAAGACAUAGUGUCUGUCUGCCAAAAGACUCCUUACUGCAUAUACACGUACGAAGGAGUGGUGCUAGGGGAGGCUGGCAUGGCUUCUGUAGUUCUAGUAGGGUAUUUUGAUGUGAAGGCAGCCAGACACUGCAUCAGGCUGUUGGAUGUCCUGCAGCGUCCAGCUGAAGACAAUACUGGAGAGAAAACUGCUGCGGCUCUGGUGGAGACCUUGAAGAGGUUUGGGCUUCCUGCAGCUAACCUCGCUGCUCUCUACACAGAUGGUAACGGUGCUGCCUCGGAGCAGAUUUGCUCACAGCUCAGGGAACUCAACCCCAAUGUGGUGGUGCUAGGUAGGCUUUAUGGAGUGGCAGAUGCAUCCUGCCAUGCUGGGGUGGUGGAGCUCACCACUCAGGCCCAGGAGCUAAUUGUAGAUAUCUACUCCCACUACUCCUUCUGCUCCACCAAGAAUGACAACCUGAAGGAACUGUUUUCCAGCAUAAGCAGUAUCGAUGGCCUCACCCUUCCCCUCACCACCUGCUGCCUUAACUUCUGUAUGUUAGCCAGGAAAUUGUUGGGAAUAUGGACAGAUCUAAUCUCCCACUUCAGCUCCUUUAACAAAGAGGAUGACAUAGAUGAGAAGGCCAAACUGAUCUGCACACAACUGCAGGAUCCCCAAAUCAGGGCUACCUUUAUGUUCCUAAACCAGGCCCUGGAGCCCCUCCGUGCCUUCCAGGAGCGACUGCACCACCAUGAGGGCUCGGCCCGGGCCGACCUGGUGCAGAUCCUACAGGACGCCAGCGACCUCCUGCGCUCCUAUGCCUCCAGUUUCCUCCGUCCUCAAGCCGUUGUGCGCUUCCUCAAGGAACGUGAUGCCUCUCUCCUCAAGAACACAAAGUUCCACCUGCCAGGGCCAGAGCUGAACGUAGGAGGGGCUGCAGUGGAGGACUUCCUGUGUGAGUCAUCAGAGUCAGGAAGUGAAAUACUGCAGUUUUUACAGGAACAGGCUCUGUCUUUCUACACAGCACUUACAGCCAGCGUGGCGGAGGGGCUGCCUCUGAGUGACGGCGUGUUGAGGAGCAUGGCCCAGCUUCUGAGCCCCCAGGGUAGGCUGAAGGUCACAGGGAAGGCGGUGGGAGAGCUGGGGGCUAAACUUGGGCUCUGCAGCUCACCUGAAGAGAUCAGCCAGCUGAACAAGGAGUUCCUGGAGUACAAGCUGGCAGAGGAGGGAGAGUGGGAAGAGGGAGAAAAUGGAUGUGAUCGGGGCGUCCAAAAUGGCUCUGCAGCAACCUUGCUGGAGCAACAUUGGAGCACUGUGUUGAAGGCUUCUGGGUCGACCAGCAUCUUCAGGAAACUUGUUUUGACCCUCUUAGCCAUGCCUUGCCCCCCACUUGAAGCUCAGAAGGUCUUCACACAGGUAGGUGAAAGACAAAAAGCAUCACACACUUGUAUGUCACUGCGCUCCUGCAUGGAAGUUAUUGUGUUGGUAUUGUCCCAUUUAUGUUCUUAUCUGCGUGUGUCUGUAUCUGCAUCUAGAUUAUUUGUGUCUGUGUCUGUCUGUGUUCUCAGGCUGUGGAGAAUGGGGACGCUGCCCAGUUCACUGACAGUGUGACAGAAAGUGAGCUGGACUCCGUUCUGGAAGUAGACCUGACCAAUGAACUGACCAAUGACAGCGCUCUAUCAGACAACAGCAGUAUCAACGAGCCUGGCAGGAAGAAGAGAGGUCGUCCCAGAAAGAUUCCAUCAGGUAAAUUGUUUCAUUAGGGGACUGGAAAUGGACUAUAAUAUAAUGUAUUAUCACUGUUUGAAAUAUACUGUAGUAUAGAGUAGCGCACACAAGAGCCCUCAAAUGCUUUUUUUAGGGUACAGCUCCAUUUUGGGUUAGAAUUAGUUUGUGUGUGUACCGGUAAGCAGCUUAUCAAGUGGAUUAGCACAUGAAAGGGUUUGCUAAAAUGGGCUGAGUUGCUCAAGAUGGCGGCAGCUCUCCAUUGUUGGGGUAGGUUAGUGUAGCAUGAGCAUGCUUCAGGUUUGCAUGUCUGUGGGUAGUAUUAUAUAAUGUUGGUUGUGUUAGUGUAAUAGACAGAAUAGACAGAUUUAUAUUUUAGAGUGGGCAAAAACUAUUGUUAUUUAAAAGAGAUGGUAUUAUUAUAUAGGGCUAGCUAUGAUAACGUACCAUACCAUUGAUUGGGAAUGAUUGGGAAAGGGGGUCAGUUUCAGAACUGAAUGCGUUCAACCGAAAUGUGGCUUCUGCAUUUAACCCAACCCCUCUGAAUCAGAGAGGUGCGGGGGCUGCCUUAAUCGACAUCCACGUCAUCGGCGCCAUUGGUUGAGUUAGAAGAACAACUACACUACAGACGGCUAUAUAGGUUUGCUAAUACAGGACUAGUAAAGGCCCAGUACACUACUUUAGUGAAGAAGAAAAAAUAUCUAAAUUAUUAUUAUAAUAUAUCAUUUAUUUUAUUCCGAUUUUUCAGGGAGUACUGCAACACCCUCAGUACCCCUACUUCCGGCUACAUAUUUCAAAAGCAGUCAAUGAUCUCGGAGUCUCUGCAUUUGAACUUUAUGUUUAUUGUGUUAUAGCGUGAUUAUAUAAGCAGAAUUAAAUAUAAUUCCAAUGCAAGAACCCCAAAAAAUGUUGCACCCUGGCCGAUUUCAACUGCCCCCUUGGUCACUUUAUCCUGGCGCCGGGCCUGGUGUGUGGUGCCAUUAUCAUUGUCUAAAUAUUGUCUGGUAUGCACAAGCCUUGAGAGCAAAAGUGCAUUUUGGCAUGAUACCCUACGCAGCACCAAAACAGCAAAAAGUUGAAUGGCUUCCAAUCGCAUCAUAUAGUAUGUUGUAGUUGUGGUGGCACAUUACAGUAGUAAAUGGCAGCCAUACUCAACAGGCAGAUAGUAGAAUAAUAGUAUAAUUGGUAGUGCAUGGUCAGUUUUCCUCUUGUUAUGUCAUUCACUGACAGACCUUAAAGAGCUGUUUAUAACCUGUCAGAAAAUUCCAGUUGAUCAACUAGCCCAUGUUCACUAGGUAGGUUAAUUAGGUUAACCAGCUAUCUAAAUCUUGUAGUUAUCAUGGCCAGAUUAUGUACCCAUGGGAGCCUCGACCCCCCAGGGGGCCCUCAUCGAUUUUGUUGAGUCAUUCAGGUAUCAUAUGAACACACAUAAGACAUGGCAAAAUGUGUAGAAUUGCAGGAAUUUAGCUAGAAAACUGCAAACAAAUUAUCUCCGCCCCAUGGCAAAAUGUAUAGAAUUGCAGAAAAUUUGCUUAUAAAUGGCAAAAUGUUUAUUCCGCCAAUGAGGGGUGUGAACAGUUUGGGGUUGCAUGUGUCGUGAGGUGAGGGUUUGUUACUACGUCGAUAAGUUACAAUAAUUAUACGGACCUUUGCCACCUAGGAAAUGUCCCACUGGGCACAGAUGUCAAUUCAACGUAUAUUCUAUGUUGGUUCAACAUAAUUUCAUUGAAAUGACAUGGAAACAACAUUGAUUCAACUGUGGGUUGUGUGACCGGACCAUCUUAAAUAGUAGUUGAGUAACCCUGGUAUAUGGGUUGGAGUCUAGCUAUACCUACAGUAUCCUUAAUGAUAACCUAAAUCUAAUCUUACACUGUCCAUUGAUUCUCUCAGUGUUUCACAUACUUCUAUCACAGGAUCCCUGUUAAUAAUGGAAGCAUUCAUGUGUUGUUUUCCAGAGGUGAAUAACCUUAAUGGGACAGUGAAGCCAUGCACAGUGCAGCUGCAGAAGAUAAUCAGUAAGAAAAGAUAUUGAUAGUUAGUGAAGAUGAUCAUUGGUAUUCAUCUAUAUCACUUAAGGCCAGUCACCACAGGCUAAAAUGACAUUUUUGCAUCUACUCGUCAGUUUAGAGAGCUUUGGGUAUCUUUGUCCAUUAAUAUUAGUAUCUUCAAAAAGCAAAACAUUAAAAUGUCAAAAAUUUGAUGGAAAUGUUUCAUGAAUUGUAACCACUUUUAAAUGGUCAUACAUCCAAAAUUUCAAAGCUCACUACAUUGAAUCACACAUAAUUUAAAAGCCCAUUUCAUAGAGAAUGUUACAAACUGGACUAUAUGUAGUAACUUACGGUGAUUGGGUCUAAAUAGGUGUUUGGCAUUUGGUAGUUUAAAUUCAUUGUAAGUUUGUCUUUAACUGCUAUUUCCAGAAAGUCAGACUCUUCCCACACGUCAACACAUUUUUCUCAGCCUCAGAAGCAUCUUUAUUCAUCAAAUUUGUUGUGGUUAUCCUUAGACGUAUUUUCCAGACUUAUACAUAGGGAAUUGUUGAUAUGUUAUCAAGUUUUUAUUCUAGAUGACAUUUUAUUGAAAAACAAACAAAUCUAUUUAGUAUUUUACAGAUAGAAAUAUGAAAAAGGUAUUGAUCCACAAUCUGCUAUGUGUAAGUCAGCUCCUGGAGGGCAUUGACAAAAUGAAACCAAAAUAUUUGGGCUGACUUCAUCCAGUGUCCAGAAAAUUGGAUUUGCGUGAUAUGCAAAUAUGCAUGUUUAAUGACAUUUACUGAAUUUGCAUAUUUCUGUACGAUAUUUCAGAAACAUUUUAAUAUAAAAAAGUAUUAUAUUUGUGUCCACAUUCAACUGGUAAAAGUUGAUUGUGAUAUGAUUAAGGGGAACAAAAUACCCUAUUAGGGUGUGGUGCCUGGCCUUAAACUCAAUUGAAUUGAUGUACAGGUGACACAUUACCAGAGAAUGCUUAACAAUCCGCCUAUUGAGCCUUCCAUGGUUGGGGUAAAGUCAAUUGCAUUUCAGUUCAGUCAAUGCAGGAAGUAUACUGAAAUUCCAAAUCCAAUUUUCCUCAAUGCUUUUCAAUGAGAAAAAAAGUGUAAUUGUAAUUUCAGUUUACUUCCUGAAUUGACAUGAAAUUGACCCCAACCCUGUCUUUUUACUUAUCUAUCCGCUGUCUUUUCACCUUUGGACAAUUUCAGGCAAAACUCUAGUAUUUUCUGCAACAAAACAUUGCUUUGGUUUCUAUGAUACUUGUUUAUGUAGAUGAGCCAAAGAAUGAGGACGAUACUGUGUUCGUUGAGGACAACGUCAUUUGGACAAAUACUAUGGAGGUAAUGUUUUUUAUAAUUUUGUUGAUGUCUUUUUUGUACUACAUUUCAUGUCUAGUAGUGAACCAAUUCAACAAAUAUGGUAACUUAAGAUUUAACUAAGAGGGACGUUAUUGUUUUCUUGUGACGCAUAACAGAGCUUUCCUGUAAAAGACAGACACACUGUAGAUAUUGUCGCCUAUGUUUGUUUUUAACAUGUUCUUACCUUGCUAUAGUGGGGGUGUGACAGAUGAAACCCAAAAUAAACUGCACGUGACAACACCUGACAAUGGAAACAAUAUCAUUCUUUGAAAUCAAACAAAGCAAAACAUGCAUGGAUCUUUUGCAUGUCUCCAAAGCUUGACAUUAUGACAAACCUCUCUAUACAGGUUUUGUGAAAUAAGAGUCACUAGUAUGCUUGGCUUUGCUGUUGCUUGUGCAAUCAUCCAUUCUCUAUGAUUUGAAAUCAUUUUUAUUAAAACCUUAAAUGCUUAGGACAAGUUCAUACUAGCAUCUCACCCGUGUCUAACAAACUAACCUUGCUAGUAGCUUUUGUAUCCUCUCCUUUAUUUUUCUUCUUCUUCUUCUUUUCUCACGUGGGUCUACUUUAUGGUUGGUAGUCGUAGCAAUUCUUGGAUGUGAGUGCAUGAGUGGGUGUGCGUGCGCUUGUGCCCACGUGUUUGCGUGUGCUUGUACAAUGUAUGUGUGUAGUGUGCGUAAUGGGUGUGUGCAUGUGUGUUGUCCCUCAGGGCACCAUUAGGGGCAUUUAUGGUUGGGAGAGCAGCUUACGCCAGAAGCCACAGGCGCGCACUGUGUUUCAGGCUGGUGCGGGCACCUGGGCCAAGCCACAGGCUCUUGACAACGACAGCAAAAAGGACCAGGAGUCCGAGGCUGCAUCGGUAGGUACUCUCAGAACUCCUACCAGUGAUGGCUGGUGUGUUGGGAUAUCGGGGGACGGGCACAUUGUAAUGACUAGAAUUGAAACCCUGUGUUUGAUACCGUUCCAUUCAUUCUAUUCCAGCCAUUACAAUGAGUCCAUCCUCCUAUAUCUCCGCCCACCAGCCUCCUGUGGCUCCUCCACUUGAGGGGAGCCCUUCUGACCUCUGGCGAAUGGGACAAUGAAAGACGCAGCAUAAUUAAAACUCAAGAAAACCUAUAUUUUGCUUUAAAGCUGUGCGUGGCUGUCAACGACACGUCAUUCUUUCUGUGCAUGGCUCUUGUGAUUUGCUUCUAACCUUCUAAUUUCCUUUUUAACCCUUUAUAUGGACUUACGUGGUCUCCCAUUUUCUUAACUCAUUCUCACUGCUCUGAAAUUGCGUUGCUUAAAUUAAUGUUGACAAAAACUGACAAACCUUGCAAACAAAGGGCCAUAGUUGCCUAUUACAUGGAAAGAAGGAUAUGUACAAUUGUAGUCACCCAUAAGACAACCUUUCAAGUGUCUUUGUUUACAUUUUCAGGUUCAUCAGAUAUCAGUGGAUGUGUUCGUCACUGUCUUCAGGCAUGGCAUUGUCAACUAUUUUAUCUCUGUAUUCAAGUAUAAAUAUUUUUGACUUUCAGCCCCCGAAGAAGGAGAAUCAUACAUCCAAUGUGUCUACACCGAGCUCCAGGGGAGCAAAGAAGGGCAUUGAUUACCAGGUUCCUACUUUCACAAAUAUUUGCUAUGCAUGCCAACAUGCUUCCUUAUCAUAUAAACCCAUGUGAUUAACCCUCCAUCUCCCUGGUUUUCACCCUGUAGGAUGGGAAGGGUUUCCCCACUGGAGAUCUGGUGUGGGGAAAGGUGAAGGGCUUCUCCUGGUGGCCUGGGCUCGUGGUGCUCUGGAAGUCCAACAAGGCACCACCUGUAUCCAUGCGCCGGGUAGAGUGGUUCGGAGACGGCAUGUUUUCCGAGGUGUGGACUUGACUUGACUCAUUGUAAAUAGCAAGAUUGACCUGCAACACAGAUUGGUGUUUGAUCUAAAUGUUUCCUUUGUUUUGUGUUGCAGAUCUAUACAGAGAGACUUCUGCGUUUUGCAGCUUUUUCAAAGUGCUUCUGCAAGAAUUCCUAUGCCAGCUUGCCCACCUACAAAGAUGCCAUCUACCAGGUCCUUGAGGUGGGACAUGAAUGCUAUUAUCUAUCACUAUCUUAACAUUUUAAUGUACAACUCUGUAAUAUACUAGCCUGGUCCCAGAUCUGUUUGUGCUGUCUUUCCAACUCAACUUGCAUGGUCUUUGCGUGACAUUGGCAAGACAGCACAAACAGAUUUGAACUAUGCUAGUACUGCACUGUUACAUCCCCAUAUAUCACAACAUUCCAUGCUGUAUAAUACCACAAAGCACCACAUCACCACUCAUAUUUCAUGUCAAUGCAGUUGGCUGGUGAGCGCUGUGAGAAGUCCUUUCUUGCAGCGGGGAAUAAGCAGGAGUUGCUUAGGUUGAUGCUGGACUGGGCCCACAGUGGAUUCCUGCCCACUGGACCAGAUGGGUUCAACCCCCCACCCCCUGCAGGUAUGUGUGGUUUAGACUGAAGUUGCCCCUUGACACAGAUCUUGGGUCAGUUUAGCAUUUCCCCCACUAAUGAUAAGGUUAGGAUUGGGGAGGGGAAGCUGAUCCUAGAUCUGUACAUAGGGGAAAUUUCACCCCGGAACGCUUUGUGUUCUUUCAUUAUAUUUCCACAACAGGGUAACACUUAUACCUGUGUAGUAACACUGUAGGUACACUAGUAACAACAGGUGUUCUCAUUUUCCUUUGAUUUUGUUUAAUUCCCAAAGAUGCCAAAGACUCAAAGGCAGAAUCUUCAGACUCGCCUCUGGCAGACUACCAGCCCCCAGCUAAGAGGAAGUAUGUGAACAAGAACAGACCAUCCUAUGGGAGUCAGAGCUACAGCAGAGGUAAGCCCUACACCCACAUCAAUCCAGAUUCAUUAAUACAUGUAUAAGGGCCGUUUUUCUAGUUACUCUGUCACUAUAGAAUGAUAUUUGCAUCAAUUAAAUUCCUUUCUUUUGUGGUUCACAGAGGCAAUGGUGCAAGAGGUUAAGAAAGGCAAACAUAUUAAAGGUAUUUAACAUUCUUUCCACUGUAAUUGUACUUUUUUGCUCUCUAUUUCUCUGCACUUUUGAAAAAUAGCAUAUAAUGGAAUCAGUCAUUUUACUAAUGUAUACAAUUCCUUCUUCACCUCAGAAUUCUGUUUAUCAUGUGGAACCCCCCACAUCCACACCUUCCACCCACUGUUUGAAGGGAGUCUUUGCCUGAAGUGCAAGGUAAACUAACUACAUCUUCUCAUUAAUUUAAUGACUGUUCAGUUUAUUUAUGCAAAUGUAUUCCACAUAGACAUGUUAGAUCAUGUCUGCUUAUCAUCUGAAAGAUUGUUGACAUGAAUGACCUUCGUCCCCAUGGUAAAUCUGUCCCUCCUAACCUUUGCAGGAGAACUUUAUUGAGACUUUGUACAGAUACGACGAAGAUGGCUACCAGUCCUACUGCACGGUUUGUUGUGCUGGCCAAGAGGUCAUUCUGUGUGGCAAUGCCAGCUGCUGCAGGUAAGCAAUGCUCAAGAUUACACUUUCCCCUCUCUUUUCUUUCACUCCCAUUUCCUCUUUCACAUGCUUAUCCUCUCUGUUGUUCCCUCUCUCUCUUCCUCUCUCAGGUGUUUCUGUAAGGACUGCCUGAAUAUUUUGGUUGGCGAUGGAACCUUUGACAAGCUGAAGGAUGUUGACCCAUGGAGCUGCUUCAUGUGCUUACCAUCCCAGUGCAACGGAUCACUCAAGCUGCGAACUGACUGGAGCGUGCGAGUGCAAGAGUUUUUCGUGAACAACAGUGCUCUAGAGUUUGAACCCCACCGAGUGUAUCCCUCCAUCCCUGCCCAUCAACGCAGACCCAUCAGGGUGUUGUCUCUCUUUGAUGGGAUUGCCACAGGUUUGUACAUUCUCAAUAUGGGCUUUCAUUUUUCUUUGGGAGAUAGUUGUAGAUAAGUGAUUUUGAUGUGUUUUAUGAGACUGCAAUGGCAUCUGUUUCUUCUGUAUUCUGGCAAGUUACUGUGUGCAGAAAGGUCAGGGUUUGGUCGUUUUGGUUUGUGUGUCAGUGACUGAUCAUUUUCUAUGUCCAUUGUGCUCUUGCAGGGUACUUAGUGCUCAAAGACCUGGGCUUCAUCGUAGAACGCUACAUUGCCUCUGAGAUCUGUGGGGACUCGAUCGCUGUGGGUAUGAUCAAACACGAGGGCAAGAUAGAGCAUAUCAAUGACGUACGCACCAUCACCAGGAAACACGUGAGUUCAGCAUACACACACACAUUCAUGUUCAAACAAAUUACAACACACCCACCAACACACACACACACACACACACACACACAAACACACUCUUAUGAUCAUUCUCUAACCUGUGUGUGUCUGUGUGUUUGCUGUGUUUCAGCUGGCUGAAUGGGGUCCCUUUGACCUCCUGAUUGGAGGAAGCCCCUGCAACGACCUGGCCUGCGUCAACCCUGCUCGGAAGGGCUUAUUUGGUAAGGAACCUCCUGACUUCAAAGUAAAUGGAGUGUUUCUACUAGACCAGUGGUUCUCAAACCUCUCCUCGGGGACCCCCAGCCGUUCCAUGUAUUUGAUCUAUUCCAGAGCUAGCACACUUAAUUCAACUUGUUAACUAAUCAUGAAGCCCUUGGAUAGUUGAAUCGGGUGAGCUAGUUCCGGGCUACAGCAGAAUUGUGAAACUUCUGAGGUAGGAGUAGAGGUUUAAGAACCACUGUACUAGACAAUGUAGAGAGCUAAUGUCUGGAGAACUUUUAUCAAGUCUGUUAUCACAUCGUUUUAUCAGCAGUUAACAGGGUAGCCUACUGUUACAUGCACGUGUCUGUACACGCUAACCUAUCCAUUGGCCUAUUUAAUGGUGUUUCAUUGGUUUUCUCUGUCUCUGUUUCCAGAGGGCACAGGCAGGCUGUUCUUUGAAUAUUACAGGAUGCUGAACAUGAUGAGGCCAAAGGAAGAUGAUGACCGUCCGUUCUUCUGGCUCUUUGAAAAUGUGGUGGCCAUGCGCGGUCAUGACCUGGCCGACAUCUGUCGUUUUCUUGAGGUAAAGAUACUAGCAGCUAUUUCAUGGUCAACGAGGCCUCUCGCUCUCCCUCUUUCUUUCUCUCUCUUUUUUUAACUCUCUUGCUCUUUCUCACUCUCUCUCCCUGGUCAAGAGAUUUGGGGGGUAUGUUUGCAUCUUUAUUUCAUUAUUACUAAUAAUCUCAUCCCAUCUGUUUCCAGUGUAAUCCCAUCCUAAUAGAUGCAGUAAAAGUGAGCCCAGCUCACAGAGCUCGCUACUUCUGGGGAAACCUCCCUGGCAUGAACAGGUAAACAUAUAUACGACUAACACAUAGACACAUCCCCGUACACCUUCACACAGUCCUACUGAUAAGCACUAACACAUGCACUUUCAAUGUCAUCUUGUUUUUCAUAUGUUCAACUCAUCUACAUGUGAGAGUUCACUCGUCUGUAUGUGUUUCUCUCCUUAGACCUCUAGCUACCUCUCUGGAUGAUAAGGUGAACCUGCAGGAUUGUCUGGAGCCUGGACGCACGGCCAAGGUAGACUGAUAAGCUCUUGCUUCUAGAUUUUCUUAUAAUUCAGUUCAGCCAUCAGCACUUUACUGGCAAGAGGUUGAAGUUAAAAGGUUGAUGUUUAGGUUACUUCUAAUGUAUAUUUUCUUAUUUAUGAAUGAGUUUCUAGCAUCAGAUGUGAUUGGUGAGUAUGUCCAUAUUUAAAAUAUGGUUCAAGAUGUGAUUGUUAUCUGUCUGUUCGUUCCCUUCCAGUAUAACAAAGUUCGUACCAUCACUACCAAGUCCAACUCCAUCAGACAGGGGAAGAUGGGACCCCUACCUGUCGACUUUAAUGGCAAGGAGGACUACCUUUGGUGCACAGAGAUGGAGAAGUAAGUAUUUUAUAUUGAGAGUAAAAGGGUAGGGUUGGAACAGCAUAGAAUAUAGAAGUGAUCACAGUGUAAUUACAUUGUUUUAAAGUUUUAUAGUUAUCAUUAUUCCUAUACUGUGACUGAUCAUGGAUACUGCUCUCUUGUAAAAGUCAAUGUACUUACAGUGUGGAAGUUAAGUGAAUGUAAUCUGUAAUUUCUGCUACAAAUACACUUACCCUCAGGUUGUUUUGACAUUGUUCUAACAUUUUCCAUGUUAUGUGAUUGACCUUCCUGCAGGAUCUUUGGCUUUCCCAAGCAUUACACUGAUGUCAACAACAUGGGUCGGAGCCAGCGGCAGAAAGUACUGGGCCGAUCAUGGAGUGUACCAGUUAUCCGGCACCUCUUUGCUCCACUCAAGGAUUACUUUGCCUGUGAGUAGGGACUCCACAUUCCUGUGUGCUGCACUGUCGUCAACAACAACAGCAACAUGAAAUAGCUGAUUAAUGGAGCGCGGAGGGUAAAAACAGUAUCAUUAUCCUGCCCUGCUUUUUAGUGAACGGAACUAUCCUGUGUUUCUCAGACUGACCUCACAGAAUCAUCUUAAUAUUUUUAUCACUGGCUGUAUUGACUGUUUUAUUAGGUUUUAGAUCAUGAGCACCUGUUUCAAUGCAGUGUGGUCAUAUGAUCAUAAUAUUCCCAGAAUGCACUGACACUUUUUGGUUCUUUCAGUUUGUCUGGAGUAGUUCACGUUUGGUUUUGUCAACAUUUGGUCAAUGAUGGUGAGAUCAGACCUCAAACCCUGCCCACUAUCUACCUCAAUACUAAUCUGUGAUCGGUCUGACAUCUGCAGAAACACAGUUUUAUCUCUAUUUAAUGUAAUGAUUUUUUAUCAUUUAUUUUAUAUUUGAAUGUUACAAAUAGUCAGAUAAAUCAUGUUCACUUGUAAUUAUGUGAAUAAACCUUCUAAUGUUUUGUUAUAUGUUUGGGAAAAAAGAUCUUCCAAGAGAAUUAAAGAUCAGAAACUCAGAUUCAAACCAAGGCAGAAAAUGUGCCUUGAGUGUUUGUUUGUAUUUUACCUUGGACAAUAUUCACCAUGGUUACAGUCUGUGUGGUGCUAUGUUCGGGAAUUUAAUUAUAUUAUUGUCAGAGACUAUAGGCAGGUUUCCAUUGACACAGGUUCAUUCGACAAAAGCAAUGUUGCAACAAAAAAAACAUUGCCACAUGUAUAAUGGAAACGGCAGAUGUAGGAGACAUUUUCUAAAGAUCUAAUACAUUUUAUACAUUUGACAGGAGUGGAUUUUUAUUUUGUCUUACGAAUAAAUUAUGAUUGCUGAAUAAUUUUAAAGGUAGGCCUACGCAGGGCAUUUGAUGUUAUCACGUAACUAUAAAGCUCCACUCCACAUU